ACUCGAAAUAACAGUUCCCCUUACCUUCAACGUUUAGAAUCAUGUAUACCUACAUGAUCCUGGUUGUGACAUUGUUUUUGUGCCAACGCGUAUCUUGUGAUUGGGUGAAUGAUUGGCUAACUCCAGUGCAGCGAGAAUACAAACAAGAUCGAAUUGGUAUUGAUAGCAAUGAUGAAAAAUUAUUUUACGGCGAUGGAAACGUGAAACUACCUAAUCCGUAUCCCGAAGGAAAUCCAAAAUACUACGAGUCUAAGGUGAUGUUUGAUGGAAUUUCCACAAACACGUUGAAGUUAAAACUCGAGACCACUCUCCAAACUGCCAAUGAUCUCGCUGAAACGUUGAGACAGCAAAUAAGUAAAAUAGAGAAACGGGAACGUGUGCUCAAAGAUUCGAUAGUCAAUGGAAGGUCUGGUGUAACAACACUAUCUUUGACUACAAUGGGAAGACUUCCAAAAACGUAUAUUAUUCGUGAUGGCUUUUGGAGUAUAUGCAAUGGUUUAUUACAGCAUCCAGUCUCAACACAAUCGAACACUAAUCUAUUUAGUGAAAUAUUUUCAACGCCACGAUGUAUUGGACAAGAGAUACAAUCUAUACGUGAUCCUUGUGCGUUUAAUUCAAUAAUUAAAUAUGAGACCAUACCAUCACGCAGACGGUCUAUUUAUCAAGAAGACGAUUACUUCUGCCUUAAAAGUAAUUUUAACAGCAGCCUCGAACAAUAUCUCUCAGUGCCGAAAAGGAUUGUAAACGAAACGUGCAACGCAGGUACUGUGAGGAGCUUAGCAGAGAAUACAAUGGAGUGUGGAACUCGAAUCCUAUCUGACUAUACGUACUACCCAAGGCAAGACGUUUUAGAAGAUCUACCGCUAGAGUAUUGUUCUGGGUCAGAGAUCGCACCGUCUUGCAAGCUGAUCGUGGCAUGGCAACUCUCCAAUGCAACGAUUGAAAAUUUCGACAUGUUGUAUGACGAUCAGGACUUUAAGAAGCAAUUUGUUAAUAGUCCACUUAUUGAUUCUGCUUACCAAAAUUUCUAUUAAUAAUAACUGUAUUAUAUACAAUAUCAAUCAAAGGACGAUGAUUGUUUUAUUUAAAAAUUGUUCAGAAAUAGAAGAUACACAAAAUAUUUCUGGCCAAUUUCUAUAUAUUCGACUCGCUUUUGCCCGCGACUCCGUCCACGUCCACGUACCCACGUCAAUUAAGGAAUAUUUGUGCAAAAAGAGUCAAAGUGGUAUCCCAUCAUACUUGAAUACCUUGGUAUGGUAUGGUAUAGGGGCUCCUGUUUCCGCAAUUAAACCACUAGCAUGGGUCCAUUUUGCGUGCAGUAAUUGCCGGUUACUCCAACCAGCCCAGCUCAGCUCAGCCCAGUUCACAGACUUCUUGGAGCGACCUUGUAUUGGUUAAGGUUUUUGCCCGUUGGUUGGCCACCCCCGUACUUGAAUACCUUUUGGAAUGUCUUUUUAUAUGAGGGGACAAGCGGGCAAGACACUCACGUGAUAGGAAGUGGCGAGCCAACCGCCCAUUACAUCCGCAACACCAGGGAUCAAGGGGUGCGUUGUGUUUAGUGAUUAUGUGCAGAGGAGCAAUAUAUUGUAUCGUUCCUCCGCACAUUUAAAUUUUUUUAAACUUAUAUCAUCGAACUUUAACAUUGUAAUAAUUAUUAUGACGGUUACUAUCGAAAUA